AUGUCUAGAUUACGUGACGACGAUAACGACAGACGCAACCCAGAGAGUUUCGUUGUAUUUGGAACACCAUUCCCUGACCAGACAGAACGAGACAAACGGGCUGGUGUAAGUGACGCUGGUCAGUUUGUUCCUGUCUGGAAACAGGAAGCGAGAGACGAGAAUGGCCGACGACGAUUCCAUGGUGCAUUUACUGGUGGAUUUUCAGCAGGCUACUAUAAUACUGUUGGCUCCAAAGAAGGAUGGCAACCUUCCAAUUUCGUCUCUUCUCGCUCAUCGCGUAAUGAAAACAAGGAAAUGAGACCAGAAGACUACAUGGACGAUGAAGAUCUCCAAAAGUCGCUUGCAGGAGCCAAGAAGCUUGUCGCCACAGAAGAAUUCGAUAUUAUUGGCGGUACUGAGCGUGAGCUAGCAGCUCGCAGAAAACUUCAGGAGGAGGAUGCUGAACGUGGAGGCAGUCUUGGAUUCUUAAGCUCUAGUAUCAUCAAUAUGAUUGGUCCUCCAAAGGAUUCAGUUGGUAUUCGUCUGCUGCGUAAAUUGGGAUGGAAGCCUGGACAGGGUAUUGGACCACGCAUGAGUCACCACCAAAGACGAUUCAAAAAAACCAAAGACGAGAGCGAGGACGAGGAAGAUGACGAUGAUGAAGAAGGACCCCAUAUGUCAGAUAUCACAUAUGCGCCAAAGGAUACACCGAUUGUCGAUUUUCAUUCAAAGACCAAUGGACGAGGUUUAGGUUAUGAUCUCGAAAAAUUAGUACCACAAGUAGCCGAAAUGCGCCGGCUGCGUGAAUUGGGUAAACAUGAUCUAGAGGGAAAAUCAGAACGAUCUGCGUUUGGUGUUCAAGGAACCUCUACAAAAAGAGCAGGAUUUGGUCUAGGAUCAUUUGAAGAUGAUGAAGAUGAUGAAGACGUAUAUGGCGAUGGUAGUGGACGAGACAUUCAUCAUUCACUCUAUGACGAUGAAGCAGAGGCAAACGAUGACCUAACUCCAUGGUCUAGUGCCAAUUUAAAGCGAAAAAAGGAUACACUUAACAACUCAUCCAAAUUACGGUCUUCUGAUGGAAGGCUUCCUUUAAAAGGAUUUAUAUAUUCUCCAGAGUCCCAAGAAUUAGGAAAAUGGUACCAACCUCCCAAAGUGCCUACCGACUUUGAUUGUCAACAUAGAUUCCCAUUGGACAACCAAAUCGAUAUUGCUCGUCCUCAGCAUGGCUUAUCAUCCGACCAGCGUGGGCACAUCCUUGGCGAAAAGCCUGUCCACAUACGUUCUGUAUUCGACUAUAUUCCUGAAAAAUCUAAAAACCAGCUUGACAGCGCUAUUCGGUUUAUCACUGAAGCUAGUAAACCUGUAGACAGAUCCAAGUUAUCUGGAUUUACUGUGAUCCCCAAAGAUGUUGCUGCGUUGGCACUCAAAGGUUACAUGCCUUUUAGUGAAAAUAUCAAAAAACGGGCUCGAUACCGGGAAUAUCUUGAAGACAUGAUGGGAAAAAAAAGUUCUGAUGGUCAGCCCAAGACUGAGCUGCCCAUACCUGAAGGAUUAAACUAUGAAGAUGCCAUGAAAGAAAUGGAAGAGUUUUCCAAAUCAGCUCGUAUGUAUGGGCGUGUUAACAACAUGAUCAAUAGCCGGUUCACAAGUGCAAGUGGAAGUCAUAUCGAACAGAACGCAUUUGAAGGAGGUCUUCAAACUGAAGCCGAGUGGCGUCAAGACAACCAAGAUAAACAAAAAGAAGUUGUUGAAGAACCUGUAAAAAAGUUGUCACAAGAAGCAGAAGCAGCUUCCAUGAAAAUGUUUGGUCAACUCACUCGUUCUGUUCAGCCAUUUUAUCCUACAAAGCUUGUAUGCAAGCGUUUUAAUGUCAGGAACCCACAUCCAGAUCAUGUAGAAACCAACGUAUCAGCUACUGGACAUAGUCGUACACAAGCAGGCUCUCAUCAAGCUUUAAGUGAAGACAGUAUGGAUAGUAUGUUGCGCAAAAGAGAGUUUCAUCCCGUUUCGGCCCCAAAAACUAUUCAAGACGAUCCUGCUUUGGCAGCCGUGAUCCCCAAGCCCUCUGAGAGAUCUACCGACCCAAAUGCACCCACUGCACCCUCUCUUGUUGAGACUGUCCAGAUACCUGAGCAAGCGACCCAAGCUGAGUCAGUGUUAGAUUAUGAACGACCUUCGAUGGAUAUCUUUAAAGCAAUCUUUGAAAAUUGGGAUGAUGAAGAUGAAGAGGAGGAAGAAGAAGAAAAUAAAGAAGAAAACAAGCGAGCUUCAGAUCAUAAACAGCCUAUGCAUGUAGGUAAAUCUACACCCACUGAAAGACAAAACUUGCAAAAGUACGGUGGACAUGAAAAUCAAGAUGAAGACGACGAUGAAGAUAUGAUUGGACCUAUGCCUCCACCAUCUGAGACCUUUACUGAGAAACAAAUCUCAGAACCUUUCAGACCCAUAUUCAAUCGAUCUAGUACUCGCAAUCCCGAAAGUGGACUAUCACAAUCGCAGAAUCAAUACCAGCAACAAGAACAAAAUGAACAAAAACAGAAACAACAACAGCCUGUAAUUAUGUCUGAAGAGAUUAUUGUACAGCCUUUCAAGUCGCGAGCUCUCCAAGAACGUAGCAAGCGUCGACAUAUCUCUGUCUCAGAUGACGAUGAUGGAAACGCUAGCGAUGAUAGGAGUAAACGGGAUAAACGAGACAAAAAGAGCAAGAAAAAACACAAGGACAGCCACAAACACAGUCGUAAACGUAGCAGAAGUCCAAGUAUUGAAAGAUCUUCUAGAAGAGACAAAAAGAAGUCGAAGAAGGAAAGCAGUCGACGCCAUGAUCAUAAGCAUAGUAGCAGUAAAUUUCUACUCACCUUUGGUGAUGAAGAAGAAGAGGCGGAAUGGGUUGAGAAGGAGCCUGUUGUAUCGAAUCAUAAGUUUGAUAGCAGUAAACGAUCAGAUAGUAGUAGUAAAGCCUUUAGUCAUGUGGAUGAACAAAGGGAGAAGCCUCAAAAUCGAAGAAUGCGUGCUGCUGAUCUGUGGUAGAAGUGCUAUAUCUUGAAUAAAAAUAAAUACUAUAUACUGUUUUU